GCUCAGGCCAUUCAACUUGGUUUAGUAAAACCAAAAGAACGGCGGCCUUAUCUUGCAUCUGAUUGUAAUAGCCUGAAAGAUGCGGAAAAGUGGCGUCAGCAGAUCAUUAGGGAAAUUUCAAGAAAAGUUUCAAAAAUUCAGGACGCUGGUCUUUCGGAUUAUCAAAUUCGAGAUUUGAAUGAUGAAAUUAAUAAAUUAAUGAGGGAAAAGGGGCAUUGGGAAGAUCAAAUCAAAAAACUUGGUGGACCGGAUUAUAGAAGAGUUGGUCCAAAAAUGAUGGAUUAUGAAGGUAAAGAAGUUCCUGGUAACCGAGGUUAUAAAUAUUUUGGACGUGCAAAGGAUCUACCGGGCGUAAGAGAAUUAUUUGAGCAAGAAGUACCUACACCACAAAAACGUACAAGGUCUGACCUAUAUAAGAAUGUUGAUGCUGACUAUUAUGGGUACAGAGACGAAGAAGAUGGAUUACUGCUCGAAUAUGAACGAGAACAGGAGCGUAAAAUUAUAGCAGAAGCAUUAGAAUUACCAGAUAAAACAUUGCCUAAAGAUAAGUUCACGCAAAAGAGAAAAGAGAAUACUUCACAAUUAGAAAGUGGUGCAAUGGAUAUCGAUCAAUUGUCGGAAAAGUUUGUUUCACAUGUAGCUGUACCCACUCAAAAAGAAGUUGAAGAAUAUUUAGUACGACGAAGGAAACGACAGAUCCUUGAUCGCUAUGUGUCUGAACAGUGUUGA